AUGAUGGAGCAGUUAACUGCAUGCGCUCGGCAGCUCUUCGAGGGCGUACCGGGCAGCCAUGAGCAACACGCAGCCAAUGCGUGGCUCAUGCAGUUCCAGACACGCGAGGAAGCGUGGCAAGCUGCACUACAGGUACUGGAGCAUUCUGUAUGCGACUCGAAUACGCAUCAGCUACUUGCUGCCCCACAACUCGUGGCCAUGCAGAUCCUUCGGCUUAAAACGCAGCACGAAUGGACGCAUCUCAGUGUACAGCAACAGCAAAUUGUGCGACAAACCUUGUUGAAGUUGCUGGAGAUAACAUGUGGGACAGAAAAUGGCCUUUCACGAGUAAGUUGCCGCAUUGCUUGUGUGACGUUGGCGGAUAUUGUGGUCAAGUCGUGCAGGAGCUGGACAAACUGGAAAAGUGACGUGCUGCGGCUUGUGAAUGGAAAUGCCGCUGCUCGAGUACAUCCGAAAGGGUCUGUUGUGUUGGUAGAUGUUCUAGGAGCCAUUCCACUACAGAUCUUGGCGUCAGAGAGUGCGUGGACUAUGGAGGAGAUGCAGCAGAUGCUGUCAAUGUUUCAGGUUGAAGGACAUACAAUCAUGACAGCGGUGCAGAUGAUUCUGACGAGCAUACCGGAUGAGAGGAACAGCGCUUUCCGCUGCCUAGAAAGUUGGAUUGUAGGUUGCAUUCCAACUCACGAGACGUUUGGUUUGAAUGCAGCGCAUCUUUUUGCUAGUGGACUGCUUGACGAGCUAUUCGAUGCAGCUAUUAGUGACGGCGAGGACCAGGCACAGCUGGCUGCAGGAAUCAUUGCGGAUUCUUUUGUGUGGAAUGCCUUGACUGUCGGGUCUGAAAGCAUAUGCCAGGCAGUACUUCACUCUGGAUACCGUUUGAUUGAAGCGAUGCCCCUGUUUCAGUCUGAAUGGCGACCUCUGACGGGCACCAUAAUGACAAAGGAGCGACGAACGAGCGCUUGCAGGGGUAUGUCACGCAUUGCUUGCUCUCUAGCAAUGAAUCACGCGCCUGUAUUGUUUUCAAAUCAUGAUGCAAAGACUAAAGCGUCUCGUAAAAGCCUCACAUUAGAGCAGCAGCAACGGUUUUCAUUUGACUUUUUGGAACUGCUUCUUGCCUGCUCAUCGUAUGAUGACAUCGAUGUCGCACAACCUACGUUGGAAAUCUGGUUUUUCUUUCUCGAGAAUAAUCCAUUACAAAACGAGAUGUCAUGGCAACUUUUCGACACCACGGGGCAGGAGCAUGUGGUCAACGUGCUUUCACGUCUAGUGAACGCGCUUAUUGAGCAGUGCAAGUACCCGCAAUGGUUUGUUGAGAGGAACCAAAUCGUAAGCGACGAUCCUGAGAUUGAGGCGAUUGCUGAGUUCCGGAGAGAAAUCGCAGACACUAUGUUAAGUCUUUUCUCCAAGUGGCCAAGAAACCACGGGAAACCUGCUGGAGACUAUGCGUCAUGUGUGAAAAGCAUGUGCCAAAUGCUUUCGGAUUGCAAAGACGUCGCACUGAUUGAUGCGCUGCUUUUCUUGCUGUCGUACACGGUUGAGUUAUUCGAUACUAUGUUGUCUGAUUCGGAAUCCGCAGACGACCUAAACUCGUUUCAAGCUCCUGUAUCAAGUGGGAUUGAUGUUUUGUUGGGAGUAUUCGACUGCGUUUUAAACUUGCCGAUGCAUCCAUUAGUGAUAAACGGUGUUGCGCGGUAUUUGCGAUUACUCAGUGCUUCUUUUGCAGUGCCACCCAGCAUACGCCUACGCGCUUCGAUGGUCAUGUGCCAAGGACUCCAGUGCGCUUCGUCCUUUCCAGUGGCAAUUCAAUCGUUGCUACAGAGUAGCUCCUAUAUUGUUAAGUACACUACAAUGGAAGAAAGAGCCCCGCUGUUCCACGCACUGCUCCAAUUGUGCACCACGUCUCAGACCAAAACUUCUGAAGAAAGUAAAGGUGAUCUACUAGAAGCGACGUUUCGGAUCUCAUGUGGUUUAUCUGAUGCAGAUUUUGGCGUUUUAUGCUCAUCGGUUUUGUCAAACCUUACCGUUCGUGUGCAAAGUGCAAACUCGAUCGAGGCGUCCAGUAGUGUGUACAUGUUGGGUCGAGCUCUUGGGGGUGUUCAAGACCAGCAGCAUGGAUUCGCCUUGAUUGAACAACUCUGGCCUCUCGCAAAAGCUUCUCUUUUGCAGCACAGAAGUGACGGCGCCUGUCGACGCAUAGGGGCUGGAUUUUUUCUUAGCGUAAUUUCCCAUCUGGAGCAGGAAGCACUCCAUCCAAUUGAAGCAGAAAUACUGGAAAUGUGUCUUUGGUGGUAUGGUGAAGGUAUUGCUCCUGACAUUCUCACAUGUUGCACCCGAAUAAUCUUGCGUCAGAGAGGCAACUUAGGCAUGCAGUCGUCAGCUGGGCACGCAUUCGAGCGACUUCUUGCUGAUUUUCGCAGCAAACUCCACGAUGUCACCGAAACCAAAACUGAUUGUGGCAAACUGUCAAUGGAGAGCUUCCUUUCCCAGAAUCUGGAGGCAGACAAGAUGAUUCCAGAAGUACAGCAGUUCCUGGAGUUUGCGCGAGAGGUUUUGAGCUCUUUUCCGCAAGCACUGUUGCAAAAUCGGUCAAACGGAGAGCCAACGCUAUAUUGGGUCUGUCUGGAUUUGGCAACAAGACUUGUGAAAGUGGAUCACCAGAUGCAGGAAAUAUGUGAUGCUGCGUGCAAUUUCCUUUUGCACGCCAUGCGAUGCCAACCAGAGCAGAUUGUGGAAAAGAUAAACAUUUUUGCCACAGAAGUUGUCCGUGUCGUCAUGAGUUAUCUGGGACCCAAAAGAAGACACUACAGCGCACGAAAUCUUUGGGAUUUUCUGUUUCAGUGUCUGCACGCACCACAAAUAUCGACGCAAAUCCGAGGCAGGUACUUUGCAUGCGUCGUCUUACUUCGUACUGAUAUCGUUUAUCAUGGGUGUUUAUUUCCAGGCGGCUUCCUUUCCGCUGUGUCCACCGUAGUGAACGAGGAAGGUGCUCUUCGUUCUCUCUUAUCUGCAGAUGUUUGUCAGCAAAUUCCUGGCGAGAUGCGAAUGCGAUGCCAGCGACAUCGCUUUCGACUGUACUUCACCCGGUUGGCUCACCUUGCUGAAGUGGCUUACUCCUAA